GAAGCUCUUUCUUGCCCUUCAGAACCAUAUCUUGGCCUUGGAUGUCAGAAGUGAACCUCUAAGCAGAGCCCAGACUCAGUGAGCGAGCAGGUGUUUUGGACAAUGGACUGGUGGAGCCCAUCCUUAUUAUAAAAAAAAUGUCUCAGAACAACUGGGAGCUGGUUGUUGACUUUCUUUCCUACAAGCUUUCCCAGAAAGGAUACAGUUGGAGUCAGUUCAGUGAUGCGGAGGAGAACAGGACUGGGGCCCCAGAAGGGACAGAGUCAGACACGGAGACCCCCAGUGCCAUCAAUGGCAACUCAUCCUGGCACCUGACAGACAGCCCUGCGGUGAACGGAGCCACCGGCCACAGCAGCAGUUUGGAUGCCCGGGAGGUGAUCCCCAUGGCAGCGGUGAAGCAAGCGCUGAGGGAGGCCGGUGAUGAGUUUGAACUGCGGUACCGGCGGGCAUUCAGUGACCUGACAUCCCAGCUCCACAUCACCCCAGGGACAGCGUAUCAGAGCUUUGAGCAGGUAGUGAACGAACUCUUCCGGGAUGGGGUGAACUGGGGUCGCAUUGUGGCCUUUUUCUCCUUCGGUGGGGCACUGUGCGUGGAAAGCGUAGACAAGGAGAUGCAGGUAUUGGUGAGUCGGAUCGCGACUUGGAUGGCUACUUACCUGAAUGACCACCUAGAGCCUUGGAUCCAGGAGAACGGCGGCUGGGACACUUUUGUGGAACUCUAUGGGAACAAUGCAGCAGCAGAGAGCAGGAAAGGCCAGGAGCGCUUCAACCGCUGGUUCCUGACAGGCAUGACUGUGGCUGGCGUGGUUCUGUUGGGCUCACUCUUCAGUCGGAAAUGACCAGACACUGACCAAUACUCACCACCCCGCCCCUUGCCCACACCACAUCCCUCGCUUCGAUCACCGUGCCACCAGGAGAACC